UCCUCCCGGACGUCAUCUUUUAUAAUGUUUUAAGAAACAGUCACGUUUUAUGCCCUUUUUUUUUCCCUCUCUUUUUUUUUUUUAAUAGUGUGAGGCCCCCCCUUUAAUUUCUACUUUUUUUUUUAAACAUGUCAACCACCUUAAAGACAGUUGCUACAGAGACAGUCAAGAAGAGUUUCACACCCAGCAGAACUUUCUUUCGACUUUCAGAAACAAUUCCCAGUAUUCAACAUGCUCGUGCUGUGUUCAAGACCUUGGGUAGUUAUGGUGAAAUGGUUGAAUAUAAAGUCAUGAGAUGCCCAGAGACACUGAAAUACUUGCGUUAUGGAUUUGUGGUGUACAAGAAUAAAGACGAUGCCAACAAAGCCGUUGCCGAUCAGUUUGUCAAGGUUCAAUCCGAGUUAUUUGAUAAACCUGUCGAUAUCAAGAUUGAGAAAGCUGUCAGCAGCAGCACUUUUAAGAAUACUAGAAAGAAUGAUAAUUACAACAAGAAACAACGUCAAUAAAUAAAAAGGAAAAAAAAAAUCCCACUCAAAAAAAAAAAAAAAAAAAAAUGUCUGUGUGUGUGUGUGUGUGUGUGU